AUGGAUGACUUGCCCGCUGACGGUUCGAGUCUCCCCAGUUCCUUCUAUGCGGCAUACUCUAGGAUGAUAGCCGGAAAUCCCCAUUACAGCGUCAAGGCAUGCAUGCCAGCAAACCAAGGCAACUCGCCAUGGGAAAAUCCAAUUCCGAACUCCGCAUACCAUAUCAGAAGCCCUUUAUCCGAUUAUGGCAUCAAUUUCCCCGGUUUUUCCGGCGGACCAACUGUUUUCAAGGUGGAAGCCGAUAGUACCUCAGGGUAUUCCGAAUUGCCUUAUUAUAUUAAUAAUAACACUGCUGGUGGUGACCUUUUGCCACGAGACCCUGACGAUGAAAUCCAGCCCAACCGCCGCUUGGACUCUGUUUCAAUCAAAGGAGUAGGAUUUAAGGUCGAUAUGGAAUACGACAUUCCGAAGAUCUCGAUCGCAGAAGACCUAGCCCCCCUUGUCAACCUGAUGAAAGAACGUCGUGAGAGUUAUAGCUCCGAUAUACAGGAGGCUUGGUUGAAUUGCCUCAGACGUCCAGAUGAUACGCAGGUUGGCUUGAUCAGUGGCAACCGCAGUGACAGAAACUUUGAAAUUCAGUCCGACGUGGGUAACGACGCACCAAUGCCUGUGAUCAGCAACGUGGAUGUCAUUGCCAUUUCUGUGUUGCUGGGCAUAUUCCUGCUGAACCUUAUCGCAGUGGCGGGGAUAUACUUAUUCAGUUCCAACAGUACUCUAGAUGCGUUCGUGAUUCUCCGGUUAGGUGCCCAGUUGUCCACGGAUGAUACCACAGGCCCACUACCAGCUCUUUUAGCAAAUUCUUGGGGAGUAACUGCCUUAGAUCGGAAACAUGGAUGA